AUGCGCAGGAGGAGGAAAAGAAUGAGGAGGGAAGAGAGCAAGCAGCUUCCAGGUAGGGGCUGUGACAGGAGAGGCAGCCAGCAGAUUCACACAUCUUUUGGUGCCAUUCUCCUGCGUGAGCCAGCCAACGAGCCAGCUAACAUGCAUCCUGAUUUUCUGCUGGAAAAGGUUGGAGGAGUGGUGCCCAAGAGUUACCAGCUCAUCCUGGCCUUGACAUUUGCAGUAAAGGAAAUCAAUGAAAACCCUCAGCUAUUACCAAAUAUCACCUUGGGCUUCAACAUCUAUGACAGCUAUGCUAAUGCAAGGAAAACAUAUCAUGCCACAAUGCUACUUUUAUUCACACUGGAGAAAUUUUUACCCAACUAUAUAUGUAGCAUCCAAAAUAAUCUGACAGCUGUCAUCGGUGGUCUGGAUGCACAAAUCUCCCUUCAUGUGGCAACUAUCUUGGAUAUUUAUAAGAUUCCACAGCUCAUAUAUGGCCCCGCUCCAGUGAUGAAUGAUAAAACCCCACGGAUUCCUUUCUAUCAGAUGGCACCCCAGGAAGGCCACCAGUUUGCAGGAAUUCUCUCUUUACUUCUGUAUUUCAGGUGGACAUGGAUUGGGAUCACUGUGAUGGAUAAUGACAGUGGAGAAAGUUUUGUACAAAACGUGCUCCCACUCUUCUCCCAGAGUGGCAUCUGUUUUGCCUUUAUAGAAAGAGUCCCCAAAUAUAGUUUUCUCAUUGAUGGUCUUGCCAUGAUGGAACAGGGGGCAAACAUACAUGAUAAAGUGAUGAGCAGCAACGCCAAUGUAGUGGUAGUCUAUGGAGAAGCUUAUUCCUUUCUAUUUUUUAGAUGGUUUCCAUAUCUAUCAAAAUUAGAGCAAAUGUCAAAUAAUGUAAAAAGUAAAGUAUGGAUAACCACAGCUCAAAUGGAGUUCAUUUCAUUGACCUUUCAGCGGGAUUGGGAUGCAACUAUAUUCAAUGGUGCUAUAGCCUUCAGAAUUCAUUCCAAUAAUCUACCAGGAUUUCAUCAAUACGUUGAGAGCAGAAACCCUUUCAGUGUAGAAGAUGAUGAUUUCAUCUGGGAUUUCUGGCAACAUGCCUUUGGCUGUGUAUUUCCCCAUCGCAUUCUGGAUGAGGUGGUGGGGGAUAUCUGCACAGGAAUUGAGAAGAUAGAGAACCUUCCUGCAUCUCUCUUUGAAAUGACACUUCACCACUUUCUGAGAGGUAUGUCAUUUAACAACACUGCAGGAGACACAGUUUCCUUUAACCAGAAUGGAGAGAUAAUAUCUGGCUUGGAUGUCAUCAACUGCAUUAUUUUCCCCAACCAAUCCCUUCACAAAGUGGAAAUUGGGAGAAUAGAUCCCCGGGCUCCGCCAGGCCGAGUGUUCACCAUUGAUGAAGAUGCGAUAACAUGGCAUGGCUGGUUUAACCAGACUCAGCCUCUUUCUGUCUGUACUGAGAGUUGCCACCCCGGUUUUAGGAAGAAAGUGAAGGAGGGGGAGCCAUCUUGCUGCUAUGACUGCAUCCCAUGUCCAGAGGGGAAGAUUUCAAAUCAAAAGGAUACAGCUGAAUGUAAUAAAUGCUUAGAUGAAGACUAUCCAAGCAAGAAUCGAGAUGCAUGCAUUCCCAAGAGUAGAAGCUUCUUGUCUUAUGGAGAACCUUUGGGCAUCAGUUUAGCCUGUUUUUCUCUUUCCUUUUCUCUGAUCACAGCUCUGGGGCUGGGUACAUUUAUGAAGCACCAUGACACUCCUAUUGUCAUUGCAAACAACAGGAACAUCACCUACACUCUCCUCAUCUCCCUCCUGCUCUGCUUCCUUUGUGCAUUGCUAUUUAUAGGCCAACCUCAGAAGGUAACAUGUCUCCUCCGACAAACCACUUUUGGCAUCAUCUUCUCAGUGGCUGUUUCUUGUGUAUUGGCAAAAACCAUUACAGUGGUUUUGGCUUUCAUGGCCACCAAACCAGGAUCUAGGGUGAGAACCUUUGUGGGGAAGGGACUGGCCAACACUAUUGUUUUUUCCUGCUGCUUUGUUCAGGCAGGGAUCUGUACUGUAUGGCUAGCAACCUCUCCCCCAUUUCCAGAUUUUGACAGUCAUUCAAUGGCAGAAGAAAUUAUACUAGAAUGUAAUGAGGGGUCUGUGACUAUGUUUUACUGUGUUGUUAGCUAUAUGGGUUUUCUGGCAAUUAUCUGUUUCACUGUUGCUUUCCUUGCCCGGACAUUACCCGACAGUUUCAAUGAAGCCAAGUUUAUCACUUUUAGCAUGUUGGUCUUUUGCAGUGUUUGGCUGUCCUUUAUUCCAUCGUAUCUGAGCACCAAGGGAAAAUACAUGGUUGCUGUGGAGAUCUUUUCUAUCUUAGCCUCCAGUGCUGGGUUGAUGGGUUGCAUCUUUUUUCCUAAAUGUUAUAUUAUUGUGUUGAGGCCUGAACUGAACAACAGGGAACAACUAAUAAGAAGAAAAGCCUGA